CUCCCCUUCGUCUUCACCAACCAGGCAGCAAACACCUCCCAUUCCUCCCCCAUUCCUUGGUAGUCCUCUCAAAUGGCGUCCCCAAGGUGCUUGCUCUCGAAUUCCGUCCUCUCCUCCUCCUUCUUAUUCUUCUCUUCCUUGUGUUUCUUUGCAUCGCAAGCCUCGGGGGACUCCGGAUGGCAGAACGCACACGCCACGUUCUACGGCGGUGGCGAUGCCUCCGGCACAAUGGGGGGGGCUUGUGGAUAUGGCAACCUCUACAGCCAGGGCUACGGGACCAACACCGCGGCCCUCAGCACCGCGCUCUUCAACGACGGGCUCAGCUGCGGCGCGUGCUACGAGAUGCGGUGCGCCGACGACCCCAAGUGGUGCCGCCCGGGCUCCAUCAUCGUCACCGCCACCAACUUCUGUCCCCCGAACUACGCCCUCUCCAACGACAACGGCGGCUGGUGCAACCCUCCCCUCCAGCAUUUUGACCUCGCCGAGCCUGCCUUCCUCCAAAUUGCCCAGUACCGGGCCGGCAUCGUCCCCAUCUCCUUCCGCAGGGUCCCCUGCGCGAAGAAGGGAGGGAUCAGGUUCACCAUCAAUGGCCACUCCUACUUCAACUUGGUUCUCAUCAGCAAUGUCGCCGGGGCCGGUGACGUGCAUGCGGUGUCGAUCAAGGGGUCGAAGACCGGGUGGCAGGCCAUGUCGCGAAACUGGGGCCAGAAUUGGCAGAGCAACGCCUACCUCGACGGCCAGAGCCUCUCCUUCCAGGUCACCACCAGCGACGGGAGGACCGACACCAGCUCCGACGUCGUGCCGGCCGGUUGGCAGUUCGGCCAGACCUUUGAGGGAGGCCAAUUCUAGGCCUCGCAUUGCUAAGGGUCUCAAGAGUUUGGGGUUAGGGAGGGAGGCCUCUCUCUCUUUGAGAGAGAGGUUUGGGCCUGGUUGAAUGCUGAGGUGGCUUUAUUAGCACCCGCUGAGAAGGCCUAAAUAGUAAACGUAUUAGAGAUAGACGUUUGUCAUUGUUUCUUGUUGCAAAUUUAGAUUGAAUGCCUUGUGGCGAUUAAGAAAUAUAGGCCUUGGGGGUAUAGAAUGGGAAUCCUCAACGUAGAAUAUGAUUGUGUGGAGGAUGUUAUAUCAAUUGCAGGCAAGCAUGAUGCUUGCCUUGUCUAUUUCAAGCAUCAUAUUUGUAACCGAUAAUUAUUCUCUAAUAAGAAUAAGCAAUUUGUUUAUUGCAGCA